UGACUUGAUGUAGGCCCAGACAAUUUUGGCAGUAGGAGAAGCACUAUAAAAUCACGGCUGAUUUCGUCCACCUACAUCAGUUUCCUCCAUCGAACGGGAAUAGUUGUACACCUUCGUUUUCAACAUGAGAACAAUCAUCGCUCUCUGCGCCCUCGUGGCCGUUGCCCUCGCGGCACCCGCGCACGACGACAACCAGACAGUCUUAGUGAAGGAAACUCCAUUGAACAACAUCGGCAUUGAGGGAUACCAAUACGCCUACGAACUCUCCGACGGUCAUGCCCAUCAAGAAUCCGCCGAAGUGACGAACGCCGGCCAGGAGAAUCAGAGCCUCAUCGUUCGCGGUAGCUUCACCUACGUCGAGCCCGAGACCAACGUCAGGUACACCGUCAACUACGUCGCCGACCAGAACGGUUUCCACCCCGAGGGCAACCACAUACCGUCGAUCUAAAUUUAUUGACGCUAUCGAAGAGGUACUGAAGACGAUAUAAAAAAUGAUCGAUUCUGUGUAAAUUUUUAUAUUAUAAACUAGACGUAAGACGAUUGGAAAAUGUAAGUGUUACCGACAGUUUUGCAACUGUCCAAUAAAUAUCUAAACGAUUAGACAUGAUUAUAUAAUGCGGUAUUAAAUUUAAAAUUUAUUAUUAUAUAAAUGUUUCGUAGAUAGUCUAUGAACAAUGCAAUGUCAUAUAUAUAACUGCACAGUUGCAUUUUUUCCCAUGGUUAUCAUCACAGUGUAUAAGAAAACGUGAAUGAUAAUGAUAAAAGUUCAGUUUUAAAAAUAAAAAUCGAGAUAAUAAUAAAUUGUAAAUUAAUAUUGUAUUAUAAGAUAAAAUGAUGAAAUUUCAACUACUACUCAACGACUACUCAAAUUUCCAUAAGUUUUUAACAAUAUCUUGUUGGCGCUGAUAAAAACUAUUGACAAAUAGUGCCUCGCAAUAUCGAUUUAAUUGUAUUUGGACUGCGCAACUACGUUUGGAAAAAUUUCAGCGAUUUCAUCAUGACGAUGCAUUUUUGCCUUUGUACAAUAAUUCCAUCGAUCUCAAUUAAUAAGAAUCUUAUUAAAAAACA